AACAAGAGCAUCUAGCAACCAUCUUGGUUCGCCGCGGCAUGACCAAACAUGACCUUACAGGCGUUCCCAUUAUCGUAACAGAGAACGUGGAUGAAUACCGAAAGGCUAUUGACGUCUAUGUCACGCCCACGGAUACCGUCCUCGAACUCGGCUCAGCCCAAGGCGUCACGGCAUCCUUGUUGGCCCAAAAAGCUGUCGAGGUUUACGGAAUAGAUAAAUCCCCUGUUCAACACCAAAUCUCCAAAACCCGCUUCGCGCACCUCCCUAAUCUCCAUUUCCACAAUCUCGACGCCUUUGAUGUGCGCGCGAUCCUUAAACUGGGUGUCCGGCCCACCAAGAUUUUUGUGGACGUCUCGGGAUCCAGGCCUGUUGGGGAUGUGGUGGAACUGAUUGAGGUGUAUGAAAAAGCAUUAAAGCCGGAAUGUUUUGUUGUAAAGUGUUUUCCGUUGAAGAGGUUGGUGGGGUGUUGUAAAUUAUUUCCAUAGAUUUUGGAGGUGGAAUGACUGGAUGCUUUUGGUUUGGGGUUUUGGGUGUUGAGCUGAUUUUGGCAAGACUGUCGGGACGGUUCGGCGUGUCCAGCAGCUCACUAGGAAUUUUGUUUGAAGUAUUAUCAUUCCAAACAAAAAGGUUUUCUAUUAGCCGAACCGGACAGGACGACGAUAUUUACGGUGAGACGUCCUUUCUGGCGCCCAUCAGUAAUCUGAACGGGGAGUUUAGGAGCCCUCGAAGGAUAUCUCAAAUUCCUCCUCAAGAUUUAGAAUAAAACUCGUAAUUCUUCGUCGCCAGUCGACAGUCGAAAACUUGACACCAACCUUGCCCAUCUAAAAAGACUGCAUUCAUUUCUAAUUGUUUACAGCAGCUUUGUCAGUUAGAUGGUCUUCUGCCCCAACUUUAUUCACAUCAUAGAUCUUUUGAAAACCUGAGGCCAACAAUGAAAUAAAGAAACGUAUGAAUAUCUAACGACUUUCCCAUGCUAGAUAACCACCAUUCUACCGCUUCUAUGAGACGAGAUGAACCAACUCUAGCGGAUUGUAUGACUUUUUCAU